CUUACAUGUCUCAGUUCGUUUUUGUGUGAAAAUAUAAACGGUCCAAUGUAGUUCGACAUGUAUAGCGACAGAGGUAUAGAUGUAGGUAUACCGGCGUUUCUGAUCAAUUGGACUGAUGAAUUUGUUGACAUAGACACAUCCCGAUACCCCUUCCCGAACACACUAUGGUACGUGAAACCAGCCAAGGAGAUAAUCCUGAAAUCCUCAGCGAUGCUCAUCAUCGGCGUCAUUGGGAUAUUCCUCAACUCCAUCAUCCUGAUCAUCCUGGUGAAGAACAGGUGGCUCUGGACAGCCAGCAACUUCCUGAUAGGAAACAUGGCCUUGGUGGAUAUGCUGACAUUGCUCUUCUGCCCAUGGUUCAUGCUGGUUAGGGAUUUCUACCAGAAUUUCGUUUUGAAAAACUUCGGCUGCCGCUUCGAAGGGUUUUUACAAGCAACACUUCUGCUAGCCAGCGUAGGUGCAGUAAUGCUUGUGUGUUACGACCGUCUGGCUGCAGCCGCGCUGACUUCUGAAGCCAGAGUCACCAAAGCAUUUGCUCCCAAGUUGAUCAUUAUAACCUGGGUCGUGUCUAUGGCCAUAUCAUUACCCUGGAUUUUGAGAAGGAAGUACAUGGAACGUCAGUGGAUUGAUUUUUUGGAAAUGUAUUGCGUUGAAGAUAGAAAUUUCUUAGAAAUUUAUUGGCAUUUUAUUUUGCUGUUGUUGGUGUGGCUUCCACUCGGAGUAAUGGUUAUCACAUAUGGAGGUAUAAUCUGGCGUUUAGAGUGGAGUGCCCGGGAGCUGUCCUCUCGCGGAGGAGGUCAGAUAGUUUCUAAGGCAAGGGGAAAGGCUAUGCGCGUUACUGCUAUGGUUCUACUGGCCUCUACGAUAUGCAGAGUGCCGUAUACUGUGCUCGUUUAUUGGAGGAAUAAUUUAUCAAAGGAGAUUAAUGCGGUGCAAGGUGGCUAUGAAAUCAUGUGGUUCCUAGCAAGCUAUCUGAUGUAUCUAAACUGUGCUAUCAAUCCUUUGAUCUACGGCUUCACUAAUGUCAGAUUUAGGCACGCUAUGGACAGAACCCCAGGUCUUGCCUGCUUUAGGUUUGGCUCCUGGUGUUGUAUCUGCACUGUAGUCGCCAGAGACUCCAAAGACUUAGAUGUAAAAAACGUUGAACGAAUCUACGUUAUACAAGAAACACCUGUGCCGAAUAAGAGAUUUAGACACGCAUUUAAAAACUUCCUGCACAUUCAUAAGCAAACAUUGGAACUAAGCGUUCUCAGAGUAGAUGAAGUAACGACAAAGCCUACGAAAGUAACUCCUUUGAAAAUGGAGCAUUGUAUCGAAGUAUAGACAUUAUUAUUAUUAUUCUACUUUCUAUACCUUUUGGGAAAAUC